GUGUCCUCCGCAGGCCCCGCCCCCGCUGCGUGCGCACGUCGGGCCGCCCUCGCGCUCGCCCGCUCGCUAGACUGUUCCUGACAGACGCGCGGAGGCUGCUGCUACUGUCGGACGGAAGGACGUGCGUCCGGCCAAGUGGAGCCGAGGCUGGGCCCAAGGAGUAAGGGCAGCAAGAACCACACUCGCAACCAUGUUAAUGGAACUGGAGACCUCCGAGGGGGUAGAAGAGUCAGAGAAACAGAGGUCCGCCCCUGAACGGGAAACCCCCAGCAGGAUGGCUGACCUCUCUGAGCUCCUGAAGGAAGGGACCAAAGAAGCACAUGACCGGGCAGAAAACACCCAGUUUGUCAAGGACUUCUUGAAAGGCAACAUCAAGAAAGAGCUGUUUAAGCUGGCCACUACUGCACUUUACUUCACAUACUCAGCCCUCGAGGAGGAAAUGGACCGCAACCAGCACCAUCCAGCCUUCGCCCCCUUGUACUUCCCCACGGAGCUGCACCGGAAGGAGGCACUGAUUAAGGACAUGGAGUAUUUCUUUGGUGAGGACUGGGAGAAGCAGGUGCAGUGCUCUGAGGCCACCCAAAAGUAUGUGGAGCGGAUCCACUAUGUGGGGCAGAAUGAGCCGGAGCUGCUGGUGGCCCAUGCCUAUACCCGCUACAUGGGGGACCUCUCGGGGGGCCAGGUGCUUAAGAAGGUGGCCCAGAGGGCUCUGAAACUCCCCAGCACAGGGGAGGGGACCCAAUUUUACCUGUUUGAGAAUGUGGACAACGCACAACAGUUCAAACAGUUCUACCGGGCCAGGAUGAAUGCCCUGGACCUGAACCUGAAAACCAAAGAGAAGAUUGUGGAGGAGGCCAACAGGGCCUUCGAGUACAACAUGCAGGUAUUCAAUGAACUGGACCAGGCUGGCUCCUUGCUGGCCAAAGAGAUCGUGGAGGAUGGGCUCCCCGUGCACAAUGGGAAAGGAGAUGUGCGUAAAUGCCCCUAUUACACUGCUAACCAAGACAAAGGUGGGUAUCUUUCCCCUGCUGGGAGCGGAGCAGCCAGCCAGGCCAAGGCGAGGUGCUGUAGCCCUGUGGGAGGAAGGGACUCCCCGGAUGCUCCUGCUCUACUGGGGGGCUCACCUGGGCAUGUGGUGAGCAGAGAGAAGCCAGGCUUGCCUGGGCAGCCAGUCCUUAUCUGUCUCUAGCAGAAACCCCCAAGUGGGGUGCGUCCAGCCAUGGCCUAUCUCCUCCUGACCUGUGUCAUGCUACAGCACUCAAUAAAGUGGACUCUUGACAGCUGCCUCCUUCCUGGCACAGAUGUCAUCCUCGCUGGUCUCUGACAGCCUCCUCCUGCUGUGCUCCAAGACUGCUAGUUACCUUAUAAAUAAGCAUAAAAAACCAUGUACUUGUAUUGAAUAAUUGAUUGUCUAAAAUAGAAAUGUGAACUUAAAUAUUUUUAUUAAUAGGCA